UUUGGCGUGCAGAAUGCGAUCACAGACUAUGUACCACCACCAGACGGGCACAUCGACUUGGCGACAAUACUGAAAGCCACUCAAAGACCCAAAUGGACGCUCAAGACAACGAAUGCCUAUUUUUAUUGGGUUACCCGCGAACAGGGAUCCUUCGAUUGGUUCAAAGGCGUCAUGAACGAGGUCGCAGAGCUCGAUCAAAGGGGUGUUAUUGAGAUGCACAAUUAUCUCACUAGCGUUUACGAGGAUGGGGAUGCGCGGUCAGCACUUAUUGCCAUGGUGCAGGCUCUAAACCACGCUAAAAAUGGCGUAGACGUCGUCUCCGGAACCAGAGUAAAUUAUUUGUUCU